AAGAUCGGGAGAUUUAGAGGUAUAAGUUUAUUUCAAUAUAGUAAUGACUUUAUAAUAAAGUUUGUAAGGAACGUCUUAUAAUAUUUAUUUACUUUGAAAAAAUCUUCAGGUGAACUCCAAAUCACCAAUGCUUUUGAGGCAUCACUGCUCUUGAUUAAUCCUGACAUAGCAGAAACUGCAGCUUUCAAACAAAUGUUUGUUGAUGAGGUUAAACCCCUCGCCAUUUGUGAGGGUCGUGAUGAGAUACUUGAUUUGGAAGAGGUGAAAAGUAUCCAAGACAAGCGUGACAAAUGGAUGCUCUUUCCCAAGAGAACCAUCCAUGGACUUCUUGAAUCCACUCAGGUGGAGAAGUGCUUGGUCGAGUGCGAAGUCUAUGCUAUUGACUCGGAUUGGGGAUGGUAUUACUUUGGUUGCUGCACAUGCAACAAAAAGGUAGUGAAAGUGGGAACUUUAGUUAAGACAAUUCAUGGAAAGGAGGUCACUACACAUCUCUGGUGGUGUGAGGUGUGCAAAGAGAAUGUUUCAAGUGUGUCACCAAGGUUUAAGCUCCAUUUGAUUGUUAAGGAUGACACAGGAGAAACAAAACUGAUGUUACUUGACCAAAUUGCCAAGGGAAUGAUUGUCGAAUCGGCUGCGACUCUUUUGAAUGGAUCAUUUGAUGAGCUUGAGGAUCCUACAGAUUUACCUGACGCCAUCCUAUCUGUUGUUGGAAAGACUUUCACCUUUGGAAUUUCUGUGGAAAAGGAACAUGUUUUGUAUGGAUCUGAGAUUUACAAGGUUGGAAAAAUCUACCGUCAAAGCCAAAUUGUUUUCAAUGAGUCAGCCAAUGUUGAGAGUUCUGAGUCUGAUCAAGAUCUAGCUCUUACAAGUGGAGAAGAGAACUCUGUCAAUCUCCUUGACAAUGAAGAACACAUUGAAUGUUUGUCCACACCAUCCACCACACCAUCCACGAAGAGAAAGGGAGCAUGGUCAGACCCUCCACGCGAUAUCACUUCGACUUCAAAGAACCUUCGCUUAAAAACUAUCAAGGUGGAGAAGAUGAGUGAUUUGGAUCUUGAAGCAGGCAAGAAGACCUAAAUCUGCGAGGCUGAAGUUUAUGUUUUUUUUUGUUUGGUUUUAUUUGUUUUCUUAUUUCUGAAGCAAUUUCAUGUUUUGGUUUUUUUUUUAAUAAUUGUUUGGUUUUGGUUUUUUAUUAAUGGUUAUGUU